CAGUAUGGUGCGAUUGGUGCGUUUAUGAAAGAAAAAAGGCCAUAAAACAGACAAGCCGCCGUGUGACAUAAAACAAGUUUAGGUUAAAAUGGCCAGACGGUCACCUACCAACAUACGCUAGAGAUUAGUGUAUUGAAGUUACGAGUGUCAUUACAUACGCUAGAGAUUAGUGUAUUGAAGUUACGAGUGUCAUUGAAAGCCGCACGGCAGCACAGUGACAUGGUCCUGUCACGCUCCGGAGGCAUAAUUCACAUGAGGCAUGGCAAAGCAGUACGAUAUUCUGUUCAGGCUGCUGAUGCUCGGAGACUCCGGAGUGGGAAAGACGUCCAUGCUGCGCCGCUUCACAGAAAGUGAAUUUGAAUCGUCACAUAUUUCCACGAUUGGGGUUGACUUCAAGAUGAAAACAUUGGAGAUAGACGGACUUAAAGUGCGAGUGCAGAUAUGGGACACAGCUGGUCAAGAACGCUACAAGACUAUAACCAAGCAAUACUACAGGCGUGCACAGGGUAUCAUUUUUGUCUACGACAUUACAAAUGAUUCCUCCUUUAAGCACAUUUCAAAGUGGGUUGGUGAUGUAGAAGAGUUUGCUCCACAACAAGUGCAAAGUAUAUUAGUAGGAAACAAGUCUGAUGAACAACCAAAUCGCCAAGUGCCUGUGGAACUUGGAAUUAAGCUUGCUUCAUCUUAUGGAAUGGACUUCUUUGAGACCAGUGCAUUUGCAAACUGUAACAUAAAUGAGUCUUUCACGCGUGUCACAGAACUGGUCUUACAAGCUCACAAGUCAGACAUUGACAACCUUAUAGGAUCUCUGGAUGAAUAUUUGGAAAGAGCCGCUUUGGGGGAGGAGUCAUCCAGCAGCCCAGCAGAUAGCGGCUCUCAGCGAACAUGUGCCUGUUAACAGAAAACACACAGUGCCAUUAUAACACUGUACUCACUUCAACCAGCCAAUGUCUACACAGCAAUUCACACUGGAACUACGCUGCAUUCUGCAACUUCACCACUAGAGGGACCACACUGCACAGCAACCACUAGGAUGACAAGGUGGCUUUACUGUUGCAUUCAGUCAAACAUUACAUUACUUCAUAAUAUAAGUCUAUUUAAAUGUAGAUGAAGAAUCAACAUUAACCUGUCAAAUCACCUUAUAGUUAUUUUGGAUGCAGACUUGAAAAGAAGUAAAGAAGAUAGGUGGUUGUUAAUUAUUUAAAGAGAGAAACCUGAUUCUAAGCCGUGUUGUUUUAUUACUGUGUGGGUCUUUUCUUAACAAUGUUGUGCCAUGUUCUCUGAUUGCGCUAAAUGUGCAAAGGUGAGGAUGCAUGUUGAAACUGUUCAUUUUGUUUUGUGUUUAUUUAAGAAAUGUGUACAAUUCAACUAUUAUAAUUGAUUAUUUUAAAAGACAAAUAAAGUGGUAUUUUUCUUAA